AUGAAUAAUAGUACUGACACAAAUGAUAUAGUCAGCCAAAAGAAUGAAUUAACAGGAAUUAUUAUUGAAGAUGAGACUGAACAACUUCCAUUUGGACUUAUGAAAUUUCUUUCUAAAGUUGAAGAAAUUAAACAUCAACUUAUGUGCAUUGAAGAUAAUAAUGAAUUAAUGAAAAUUAAGUACGAACGAAUAACAAAACAAAUGAAAGUGUCGGAUGUUAGUAACUGUGAAGAACUAAAACGAUUAAUACAAAAAAUAUGUUCAGAUGCAUUAAGAAUAGAGAAAGAAUUAAAACAAUGUAAACAAGAAAAUGAUAGUAUUAAAAAAGAUAUUGAAUCAAACCCAAUUCAUCAGGUAGGAGAGAGUGAGUUACGAAUUAGAGAAAAUCAUAUAUCUUUCCUUUCCAUGAAAUUUGUCGUAAUAAUGAAAAAAUCUAGAAUACUUCAAGAAAAAAUUAAAGAAGGAUUAAUAAAGAAUUACCAGAAACAAGUAAAACUUAUUGGUACAAACAAUCUUCCUCCAGAACUUCAAACAUUAAAUAUUAAAGAAGAAAAAAGAUUUCAUCACCAAAUGAAACUAAAGAAAGAGUCUUCAAAACGUAUUAAUAAAAUACAGUCCAUUAAUAGUUUGGCUUAUGUUAAAUCAAAACAUGAUGAAAUCAUAACUAUUAUAAGAAGUAUUGAUGAAUUAGCUCAAACAUUUGUUGAUGCUGCAAUAUUAGUUGAAAUGCAAGGUGAAAUGAUUAAUAAUAUUUGUGAUAAUUGUGAACAAGCAAAGGAGUAUACUACAGAAGCAUUAAUCAAUAUUAAUAAAGCAAAAAGACUCAGAAAGCCAAAUCGUUUUAAAAAGUGGUCAAUUGUAAUUUGUAUUUGUCUUAUAAUUGUAAUCUUUCUUGUUGUUGUAGGAAGUAUACUUCUUCCAAUUAUUAUUAAAUCAGCAGAAUUUGCACUUGUCUAA